AUGAGAAUGCAGUGGAAGGCAGUGAAGGCGGUCUUCUCUUCUUCUCCAGUCCAGACGAUGCACAGGCACAACCAGCAACUCCUCAACUUAGCUCUCGAACUCUCCAGUCCAGACGCACAAGCAUUUGAUUUCGGUCUGCAAGAGAAUUUUUUCAACAUAUGCAGUAAUACUGGAGGUGAGAAAUCGACAGUGAAGCCACAAGCCCCGAUCAAACUCGAAGCCUUCAUCCUCUUUCUCUCAUACCAUCGAGAAAGAGCAAAGCAUGACUAUGAACAAUUGAAGAAAACUGUUGAUGAACUGCGGGCAUCUGAGCAGAAUGUCAAGUUGGUAAAAGAGCUGAAAGGAGCCGUGGGUGAAUCCACCAAGGAUUUUGAUUUGUCUAAGAGGUAA